AUGCGAUUUUAUUCAUAUGCACUUUGGAUUAAUUUCCCAGUUGAAAUUUGUUACAAAUGUGAUAACAAGUUUUUUUUCUCGCUUAAAACUUUGAUGUAAACACAGUGAAUCUGGGUGCAACCUGGCGUCGUAGAGCUUAGGUGCCGACAUGCAUCUAACGCAACCGUUUCUUUAUUCUCUUAAACUGACAUUAAGUCAGAACGCAGCGUCUACAAUCUAUCGUAAAUCGUGGAUGGAUCGUGGAAGUGUUGCAUCUGCUUUCAUUUUGGCUACAGCAGGUCUGUCAUUAAGCAUGUUUUCAUUGAAGCAAAUGCAAUCAACACAACAGCUCCGACAUCUUCGACGAUAUGAAUGACCCGAGGAUUUUUGCAGGACGUUUUCGAAAGAAACAAUUAAUCAUUUCCGAAAACAAACGUCAGUGUCCUGAAAAAAAAGAGAAAAUUAAAAAGUAAACGUGUGAAGAUCGAAGGGGAAUCGACAAAGUUAAAAGAAAAGAAGAAACAAAUAAGCAAAAAGAAAAAAGUGUUAGAUUAUUAUUAAUUAUUAUUUACAUUAAUUUGCGCAAAUUUUACUGCCACCGUGUAUAGAAUCACACUAAUCACAUUUAUUUUAUUUUAUGUAUAAAAUAAUUAGCAAUUAGCCGUAAUGCACAAGGUGUGUAAUACAGCAAACUUCAGUUAUAUCGAAUUUAGCACGUGGUUUAGACCGUUAAUAAAAUGUAAAUUAGGCAAAUUAUGUAGACUGAUUUAAUUUAGAAUCAUUAAACAAAAAAAAAAAUUGA